AUUGGGAAUUUCCAUGAGGUUCCAUGGAGAUAACACUGGUAUUGAGUUUCAUUACCUUCGGCACAAUUGCUUAUCUUGUGUUUUUCACCACAAUAAUAAGGAAUCAUGUAAAUAACAGAAUGAAAAAGUUGACAAGAUGAUUAAUUAAUGAAGGUUUUCGCAACAGGAUUUGAGCUUAUGUUAAAUUACUUAUUGAUUACAUUCAAUUUAGAAGCUAACUUUACAUCAAAUCCAUUUUAUACUAACAAUUAAUCCUGAGUUUUCCUCAGUUCGAACCAUUUCACUUGAUUUUAGUGGAAAAGAAAUGCAGAAUUGAAAGAUGAUCCAAUUUCCAGAAUCUUGUGCUUUUCUUGACAAAAUGAGGAAUUUUAAUGUAAAACACGGCAAUUAAGACCCUCCUCAUUAAUACCUGUUUGUUAUCAACAUCGAAAUUCAAUUGCCUGAGGUCGAGAUUGAGUAGAAACAUGCUGAUGACUACGAUUGGAAUAAGAAAAGGCAAACAUUUCAAUUUUGUUUUAUUCACUUUCACUUUUUGUUACUGUGAAGUCGAGACAACAUGAAAACUGUUUCAAGAUCAAUUUGUAUCAAUUAAUAUCAUCAAACGUUUAAAUUAUCAAAUCUAGUUCAAACUAAAAUAAUACAAUUUGUUAACAAUCAUUUGAGUCAUUUGGUAUCAGCAGAAGUCAUAAACAAUGCUUUUAAUUGUCGCUAUCUUAAUCAUUUCAUUUGGUUCACAAGCAAUCAAUGGACAAACAGGCUCAUGUCACAUGAGAGAGCUUGACCUUUGUACGGCAACUUUACUUGUUUUCACCCAAAAUACUCAAGGACUACAAGGAACAGAAGCUGAAAUUGAUCGCCAGUGUGGUUACAUUAGAGAGGCUCAAUCAUGUCGCCAGAAUUAUACCCGACGAUGUGUGACAUCAUUACAACGGGAAUUGGUUGAUUUCGUUAUUGAAGGAGGAAAAAGCCUUGCAGAUGAAUUUUGUACACCAGGAACAGAGAUACGAGCUGAAUACAAGAGACAUGCAAGAUGUUUGAGUGAAGCUCGAUCUCAAUCCAAACAAUGUAUCAAAGAUUUACAGCGAUCCCUUGAAGAGUUGACACAAACAAGCUGGGAUAAUCGAGUUGCCAUGGCUUGUUGUGGUUACAAUCGAUUCCAAGAGUGUGUUACCGUCUCAAUUUUAAAUAGAUGUGGUCAGGCUGCUCUUGAUUUGAGUCGUAAAAUCGUUCGACUAUCUUCAUCUCGAUUACCAGAAAUGCUGUGCCAGUCUUAUCCAUACACAAGUGCCAAAUGUGGAGAGAUUUUGCCACCCGAAGGACUUGAACCUCUCGGUGCUCGAUCGAAUAGUGUUUUGUCCAGAAUCUUUUCAAGUUAUACUGGAGUAUAAACUGGACAAAAAAUGUAAUUUGAAUUUGUAUCAUUGAAAUGGUUGAAACGUGAAAAUAAUGUACUUCCAUUAUGAAGUUGUUCUUGUAGUAAAUUUAUCAAAUUUCAAUAAGU